ACCAGAAUCUCAGUUUAUGAUAACGUGAACUGACUAGCUGGUUAACCUAGCUAACCUAUUUAGUUAUUUAUUUUUAACGCUUAUAGGUUAUGUAGGUGGUUUCUUCAUAUGUUUUAACUUUAUUUCUGAUUUUAACUAUAGCAAAAACAUGCCUCCAAAAAAGAAGGGCGCAAAGGCUGCCAAGGGUAAGAGCCCUACAGUGGUCGAUGGCCUUUCUACAGAAGAAAUGACAAAGGAGCAGCUGGAGGAGCACAUUGUCCGGCUGCGUGAGGAGCUGGACAGAGAGAGAGAAGAGCGUAACUAUUUCCAGCUAGAAAGGGAUAAGAUCCACACUUUCUGGGAGAUCACCAAAAGACAACUGGAGGAAAAGAAAGCUGAUCUACGGAACAGGGAUAGAGAAAUGGAAGAAGCUGAAGAGAGACAUCAAGUCGAGAUCAAGGUGUACAAACAGAAGGUGAAACACUUGCUAUAUGAGCACCAAAACAGCAUUGUAGAGUUGAAGACUGAAGGAGUGGUUGCCACCAAACUCAUGCAAAAAGAGCAAGCUGAACUGGAGAUGGAACUGCGGAAAGGCAUGCGCAAUCUGAAAGUGGACAUCAAAGAACAGGAGCUCUCCAAUGAGAAUCUAAUCAAGAGCCUUAAGAUGAAACGUGAUGAGCAAAUUACCAAGCUGAGGAAUGACUUUGAGAGACAAGUACAAGAAAUAGAGGCAAAAUAUGAGAAAAAAAUGCAGUCACAGCGUCAGGAGCAAGACUUGAGGCGCAAGACUGAAAUCCAUGAAAUAGAGGAAAGGAAGAACACUCAGAUAAACACAGUGAUGAAAAACCAUGAAAAAGCUUUCAGUGAUAUUAAGAACUAUUACAACGAUAUCACUCUUAACAACCUAGCCCUCAUCAGCUCACUUAAGGAGCAAGUAGAGGAAAUGAAGAGGAAGGAGGAGAGGCUGGAGAAGGAGAUGGCUGAGGUGCUGCAGCAGAACAAACGUCUGACGGAGCCCCUGCAGAAGGCUACUGAUGAUGUAGCAGAGCUCCAGAGGCAGCUUGCCAACUACAAGAAGGACAAGGCCUCUCUGGCCGGAACCAAAGCACGUCUCAAGGUGGCAGAAAAAGAGUUAAAAGACCUGAAAUGGGAGCAUGAAGUACUUGAGCAGAGAUUUAGUAAGGUGCAGCUAGAGCGUGAUGAACUGUACCAGAAGUUCACCAAGGCCAUCCAGGAGGUGCAGCAAAAGAGUGGCUUUAAGAAUCUGCUUCUUGAGAGAAAGCUGAAUGUGCUUACGGACACGCUGGAAAAGAAAGAAGCUCAGCUCAAUGAGGUUCUCUCUGCCUCCAACUUGGACCACUCUGCCCUCAACGUCAUCACUCACAAGCUUGAGGAAGUGUUGGAUUCUAAAAACAUUGCUAUCAAAGAUCUACAGUAUGAACUAGCUCGUGUUUGUAAGGCUCACAAUGACUUGUUGAGGACAUAUGAGGCCAAACUAAAGGCCUUUGGCAUCCCUGUGGAAGAACUGGGCUUCAAGCCCCUGGAGAGCAGCGUGGCAGGGCAGACUCUGGGCCAGGGCCCUGCAGGCCUCGUGUCUGCCCCCCUCUAACUGGACUGCCUUGACCUCUUCACUCUUAUUCAGAGACACUUUCACAUCACCCAACAUAUCACAGUGUUUGUACACAUCUUUUUUGUCUUUUAUUUAUUCUAAGAUUUCUUUUUCUUCCUCUGGAGGACUUCUAUAACAAUCUAAAUAAAGGUCUCAGAAAGGAUUUUUUGGUGGGAGAGGAGAAAAUAUGUAAUAAAAAGUCUGUAGUCUGAA